GCAGUGUAUCAAAUACUUGUUCUCCCCACUGUAUAUACUGUGUGUGUGUGUGUGUGUGUGUGUGUGUGUGUGUAUGUAUAUAUAAUUACUAUGAUAUUAAAUACAGAUUUGAAAGAGUAAACAUUUAUGCUUGCAGGGAUGUCUGAAGGACAUUUUCAUGUCAAUGAAAUUCUAUUUAAUGUCAAUGAAAUUCUACCAUAGAGGAAGGGAAGUAGAUAUUUCAGCAAAGCCAAACAAAUAGUAUUGAAUGAAUAGUGGAGCAGGAAACAGGAAAGAGCUCAACUGCUGUUAUUGAAAUGCUACCUCACAAAGUUACUACUACUAAAUAAGGAAGAAACGCCGGAUGUCUGUUUGCCUUCGGUUGACAUUUUAAGUAAUCACUACCCGCUCGUUCCUCUAAAUGGCAUGGGCAGACUGUGCAUCAGGAAGAGGCCCCUAGACUAGUUUCCAGUAAGAGGAGACAAUUCCUCUGCUUUUAAUUACUACCAGUGAAAAGUAAAUCAGAUAUUCCCAUUGUUCUAGCUCUGAGAAUGUAUGUGAAGUGGGAGCCUCAGGGCCAUUACAAAAGCCUGGCUCUCACGGGGAGCAGGUGUAAAUCAAUAGGAGGAGAAAGGAGGGCCGCCGUGAAACAGUGAUGGGAUAGAACAGCUGGGGAUGCCCCAAAAUGGCUCCAAGGCAACCACGUCAAAGGUUGUCAGGAUACUUUAACAAAAACACUCUUCUUAACUCUUGUAUGCCUGCACAUGAUUUGCUUCUUCUUGAGAACUUCUAAAUUACUGUUGUUUUCACACAAGGAUAUUCAUAAAAUAUACUGAACAAAAUAUAAACGUAAUAUGUAAAGUGUUGGUUUCUUGAGCUAAAAUAAAAUAUCCCAGAAAUGUUCCAUAUGUUGUGCACAUGUGUUUACAUCCCUGUUAGUGAGCAUUUCUCCUUUGCCAACAUAAUCCAUCCAUCUGACAGGUGUGGCUUAUCAAGAAGCUGAUUAAAUAUCAUGAUCAUUACACAGGUGCACCUUGUACUGGACACAAUAAAAGGUCACUCUAAAAUGUGUAGUUUUGUCACACAACACAAUGCCACUGUCUCAAGUUUGAGGGGGCAUGCAAUUGGCAUGCUGACUGCAGGAAUGUCCACCAAGCUCUUGCUAUAGAAUUGAAUGUCCAUUUCUCUACCAUAAGCCGCCGUCGUUUUAGAGAAUUUGGCACUAUGUCCAACCUCAGACCAUGUGUAACCACGCCAGCCCAGGACCUCCGCAUCCGACUUCUUCACCUGCGGGAUCGUCUGAGACCAACCUCCCGGACAGCUGAUGAAGCUGGGUUUGCACAACCAAAUAAUUUUUACACAAACUGUCCGAAACCGUCUCAGGGAAGCUCAUCUGCAUGCUCGUUGUCCUCACCAGGGUCUUGACCUGACUUCAGUUUGGCGUCGUAACCGACUUCAGUGGGCAAAUGCUCACCUUCGAUGGCCUCAGGCACUCUGGAGAAGUGCACUCUUCACGGAUGAAUCCCGGUUUCAACUGUACCGGGCAGAUUGCAGACAACAUGUAUGGCUUUGUGUGGGCGAGCAGUUUUCUGAUGUCAACAUGGUGGUCGGUGGGGUUAUGGUAUGGGCAGUUAUACGCUACGGACAACAAACACAAUUGCAUUUUAUCGAUGGCAGUUUGAAUGCACAGAAAUACCGUGAUGAGAUCCUGAGGCACGUUGUCGUGCCAUUCAUCCACCACCAUCACCUCAUGUUUCAACAUGAUAAUACACAGCCCCAUGUCACAAGGAUCUGUAUACAAUUCCUGGAAGCUGAAAAUGUCCUAGUUCUUCCAUGGCCUGCAUACUCACUAGACAUGUCACCCAUUGAGCCUGUUUGGAAUGCUCUGGAUCGACGUGUACGACAGCGUGUUCCAGUUCCCUGCAAAAAUCCAGCAACUUUGUAUAGCCAUUGAAGAGGAGUGGGACAACAUUCGACAGGCCACUAUCAACAGCCUGAUCAACUCAAAGUGUUGCGCUGCAUGAGGCAAAUGGUGGUCACACCAGAUACUGACUGGUUUUCUGAUCCACCCCCUUACCUUUCUUUUUAAGCAAUCUGUGACCAACAGAUCCAUAUCUGUAUUACCAGUCAUGUGAAAUCCAUAGAUUAGGGCCUAAUGAAUUUAUUUCAAUUGACUGAUUUCCUCAUAUGAACUGUAACUCAGUAAAAUCUUUGAAAUUGUUGCAUGUUGCGUUUAUAUUUUUGUUUAGUAUAGAACAAAAUGGCAUAGAAUAUACUGUACUUUUAUUUAUAUAAAGUGAAUCAUACGAUAUUCUACGUAGGAUCAUUUGUAUUGCUUACGAUAAUGCACUUUCUAAAUGCAAUAGGUAGUACGUUUUGAUCAACUGCAAAGCCUAAUUUGACUUUUACGGUCAUUGGGGUUUAUUCAUUUAUGCUUUGUCACGGGUAUGAACAAAUUGCCAUAAAUGGCCAUUACUACAAAGUUGAAGUAAGUUUGAAUUGAGGAAGUAUGGUAAAGGUCAGCUUUUUAUCUGUUCCAGACCCUGUUCCAGAUGCCUAUUCAUACAAUACCCCACACACACCUCAAGCCAACAUCCACCCACACACCUGAACCCAUGACACUGCUUUACACCACUACACUAGCACAUGUUAGUAUUCAUGGCAGCAUAAUAUUAUCUUGUUUUCGUGCAAAGGUGUGAUUUGCCCACACACAUUGGUCCUAAUAAAUAUCAUAACUAACUUCACAUAUACCUUUAUGCCACCAUUUGCAUAAUUCAAUUAAUUUAUUAUCUGCCAGUGCAGUUGUGUGUGUGUGUGUGUGUGUGUGUGUAUAUAUAUAUUUAUAGUCCAGUAGCAGGUACAGAUGUUAAUAUUGCACAUUUGAUAUUGGCACAAAGUUUUUUUUCUCUAUCCAUCUUCACAAGUGUUAAACCAAAAUAUUAUCUACAAAGUAAAUGUACGUUUGUUGCCUUUACAAUUUUCUGCUUGUUUAUCUAUAUUACCAUAUGUGCCGUGUCGUCACAAACCUUUGUUCCCUCUUUUAACUUCCAUGAGAGGUAUAGUUAAAAAUGGCACUGAGUUGAGCCAGAUCUCUGUCAUAAUACCUUCAUAUCAUCUAUAUUACAUGGAAAAUGUCACAAACAAGUUUAAAAAAGGGAACUAUGGUUGGUUAAAAAGGGCACAGAGCUGAACCAGAUCUAUGUCAUAAUACCGCGCUACAGCUAACAUGGCACCCCUCCUGAUCCCCACUCUACUGCUGUGCUACAGCUCCCUCAGUCGCUGCUCAGAGAGUAAGUCCCGUCUUAAUAUUCAACAUGAUGCAUGUGCAUGGUUAUAAUAUCGAAUGCCUGCAAUGUGUAUCUCUCUUCCAGUCAGGAGAAAAUGUCUUGCUUUAUGAUACUGGUCUCUAUUUCAGGCAAAGAAUAUCCUCUAGAUGUCUUCGCCCCACAGGAGGUGAAAUUCCACUCCCUAGACUACAGAAAUGUCUUGCAUUGGAAGCAACAUGCCAACUCCACCAACGACCAACAAUACUUUGUCCAGUGGAAAGUAUAUGGGGAGAAGCAGUGGACCAAUGCAAAGGAGUGCCAUGGCAUCAGCCGGCUGCUCUGUGACCUGAGCAAGGAGACAUCCGACCCCAGAGAAUGGUACUACGCCAGGGUCCAUGCAGCCAACUCAGGGACCCAAUCACCAUGGGUCCUAUCCGCCAGAUUCAACCCCAAGUGGGAGACCUCUGUCAGCCCACCGACUAUGAAACUUCAUGUGACGGAGAAAGGCAUUGUGGUCCGGCUCAAGCCUCCACGCUCUCCCCACAGGAGACCUAAUGGCAGCUGGAUCAGUGUGAGGAGGCUGCAAAGAAUGUCAUUUACUAUACACCUCAUGCAGAGUGAUGUUGAUGAGGAAACCUUUGAAAUGGAGGGCUGUGUCAAACAGCUCCUGAUCUCAGAUCUAAGCCCCGGGACCACCUACUGCCUGACGGCCGAGAGUCGCUUGCACCUGCUGAACCGUAGAAGCACCCGGAGCCCUAGGGCCUGCAUCACCACACUGAGGGCCAGGAUCUAAUGUCUUCCCCCAGGGGGAGCCCUGGAUUUCUCUGCCAAACCGGAAACUCAACAUGAUACUGUGACAAUCAAACCUCACUGGAAGUAUACACUGAUUUAUCCACUAUUACCUCAGAUACUGCACAGGGAUGCACUUUUAGGAUCCUUCACAUUUCUUUCAUCGAUAACUUUGUUGACAAAUGUUGUACGUAAAACAAUGAGUAGACACCAAACAAUUAAACAUUGUGAUAUGUCAUCAAUAAUUAAAUUACCACACAUAUAGCAGAGGUAGGUAACUAGAGUGUCAGAGUGGAUGGUUGGAGGGGUUGGAACACAAUUAUAAUAAUUUGUACACUGCAAAUGGACCACAACUAAGCCCAAAAUGAGAUUUCCUAAAUCAAACUAAUUUUUAGAUGAAUUCUUGGUGAUUUUAACCAAAAAACUUUUUUUUAACCAAAAAAUGUAAACUUUGGGAGGACAAAAUAUCCCACUUGCGAACUGCCUGUUGCAUAUUAAGUGGAAAGGGGAUACCUAGUCAGUUGCACAACUGAAUGCAUUCAGCCAAAAUGUGUCUUACGCAUUUAACCCAGCCCCUCUGAAUCAGAGAGGUGCGGGGGGCUGCCUUAAUCAAUGUCCACAGGAGCAGUUGUUGUUGGGGGUUAACUGCCUUGCUCAAGGGCAGAAUGGCAGAUUUGUCCACCUUGCUGGCUCUGGAAUUUGAAUCAGCAACCUGGCCCAACGAUCUUAACCGCUAGACUAUUUGCCGCCACACUAUGCUAAUGGGUAAAGCACAAUCAUUCCUAUCCUUGUGUAGGUGGGGUUGCACUGUAAGAUAGAUGUGAAGGAGCUCUGCAGUCUGUGUUGUCGAGGAAAAAAACAACCUACCGUCUCCUAUAGAAUUGCUAAGGCUGCAUUUACACAGGCAGCCCAAUUCUGAUAUUUUUUUCACCAAUUGGUCUUUUGACCAAUCAGAUCAGCUCUGAAAAAUACCUGACGUGAUUGGUCAAAAGACCAAUAAUGGGGAACAAAGAUCAGAAUUGGGCUGCCUGUAAACAGCCAUAGAAUCCCAGUAAAUUACAGUUUCCAGAUUACAUUGACAUGUAAUCAAUUAAUGAAUUGAAUCAAUAAUUCAAAUAAUGAAUCAGUUUUACUAGCACUGGUUUUGCAGAAAGCUGCUUUAAUUGCAAUGACUGUGAUAUGUGGUUGUCUUACCUACUUUACUUGAAUGCACUGACUGUAAGUUGCUCUGGAUAAGUGUCUGCUAAAUGACUCAUUACACUGUCUGUAUUCAAAUGCAAAUAAAACCUACUCAUUUUGCUUUGACAAACA